AGCAACCACAUUUAAAGUGCCAUGUUUGAGGAACUCCAAGGAGCAAACAUCUCGCAUACAAAGUUCUUAUUUAUGGGAUUUCCAGAAACCUACAAAUACAGACGUCUACUUUUCCUGCCAUUUUUCCUCGGUUACAUUUUGGUUGUGGUGGGAAAUUCCUUGCUGCUUUUCGUCAUCAGAAAUACAGAAAGUCUUCACAGUCCAAUGUACAUACUAGUGUCUGCUUUGGCAGUUGUCGACAUCAUUGUACCCACUGCCAUCGUUCCAGCAAUGCUCCUCACCUUCCUCUUCGACCUGAAUGAGAUAUCUUUAGCUGGAUGUUUGACGCAAAUGUUUAUCACUCAUUUCUUCUCCUCCGUAGAGUCCACCAUACUCUUGGCCAUGGCUUUCGAUCGCUUCGCCGCCAUUUGCAAGCCACUACACUACACUGAAAUCAUGAACUCGUCCAUGUUUCUGAAACUGCUUUUGUUCACAUUGAUCAGAAGCGGCACUAUAAUGUUGGCGCUAGUCGCUUUGGCUGCACCGUUGUCUUUUUGUGGUUCAAAUGUCAUCCAUCAUUGUUAUUGUGACCACAUGGCUCUUGUUAGCUUGGCCUGCGAUUCAAUAGCCAAAAAUAAUGCCAUGGGACUGGCGGUGAUCAUCUGUUUCGUGGGAAUUGACAUAUCUGUUAUUUUCUUCUCCUAUGUAAAAAUCUUGUAUGUCGUAUUGGGGGCCGCGGCAGGAGAGGAUCGCUGGAAAGCCUUUCAUACCUGUGCGACACACUUAAUGGUUAUGAUGUGUUUUUAUUUCGUGGGAAGCAUUACUUUUCUGUCACGAAACCUUCACAUUCCAAUUCCAAUAGAUGUGAAUACGUUUCUGGGUGUUAUGUAUAUAGUGUUCCCUGCCAGUGUCAAUCCGAUCAUUUACGGUGUGCGGACGAAAGAAAUAAGGAAUGCUUUAUUGAAAAUGUUCAAAAUAAAUAUGAAUAGAGUUUCCAUAGUAAAAGUUUCAUCUAUAAAGAUUUGA